AUGGCUGACCCCUGGGGUGUCACAAUGGGCAUUUUAGGGAAAAAGGUUUAUGUGUGUGAUGGUGGUGCACAAUGCAUCUGUGCGUACGACAUGAAUUCUUUUCAACUUGUUAACAGAAUUCCUAUCCCAAUGUGCAGUAAAGGUUCACUGCACUGUGCAUGCCACCACGGCAUCAAUGCAAUCAUAGUCAGCGACUACAGUGCCCACUGUGCGUAUGCAGUGACACCCCAGGGUGACGUCAUGUUUCAAUACGGAGCACGAAGUCAGAGUGGAAGUGGAGACGGACAACUGAGUAAUCCACGAGGAGUGUGCGUAGAUAAGUUUGGACACAUAUUCGUAGCUGACAGCGGUAAUCACAGGGUGGUUGUCCUUGGUUCAGACGGAAAGUUUCAUCGUAACAUUUUGACAAGGAAUGACGUUAUUGGAUCUCCUGUGUCAGUUGAUGUCAACAGUAAUGGAGAACUUGUUGUUGGAACUAACACUGGAGAAAUAUCCACGUAUAAGUAUAUAAAUUAG